AAAGCAUACGGUGCUUAUCAACAAGCAUUAUUCCAUUUACCCAAUCCAAAGGAACCUAAGCUUUGGUACGGAAUCGGUAUAUUAUACGAUCGUUAUGGUUCACUGGACCAUGCCGAAGAAGCUUUCUCUCAGGUUAUGAGAAUGGAACCUAAAUUUGAAAAGGCCAAUGAGAUCUAUUUUAGGUUGGGAAUCAUAUAUAAACAACAACAGAAGUAUGACCAGAGCUUGGAAGUGAGUCUGUCACUGUGCAUUGAUGAUGAUGAUUUUCGUCAUUUUAAUUUUCUGGAUAUUUGGUUCCAAAUUGGUCACGUAUAUGAGCAACAAAAGAACUUUAUAUCUGCUAAAGAAGCUUAUGAACGCGUGUUAACUGAUAACCCAAAUCACGCUAAGGUUCUACAACAGCUUGGGUGGCUUUAUCAUCAACAAAGUGCCAGUUUUACUAAUCAAGAUCUGGCUAUCACAUAUUUAACAAAAUCACUGGAAUCUG